UGUGUCAUAGUUUAUUAAUUUGUUGUGUUCGUAACGUGUCAUGUAAAUUGUGACGCACCUAUUUAGGUUGUGUGAACUUAUUUUAUAAAUUGUUGAUUGCGGAAUAAGUUGUUGCUGCUGAUUUUAAGUGUUUUAAUACCAUGGGUGUAUCGGAACAACUAACCGACCUGCCUCCUCACGACCCUGAGCGGCCGUGCUCUGGCAGCGGGCUAGAUGACGAGGAUCUGCCCAGACGCAAGCAGAGGAGAUACAGGACCACCUUCACGAGUUACCAGCUGGAUGAGCUGGAGAAAGCGUUCGGCAGGACGCAUUAUCCAGAUGUCUUUACGAGAGAGGAGUUGGCUUUGAAAAUCGGCCUUACAGAAGCUAGAAUCCAAGUGUGGUUCCAAAACCGGCGAGCGAAAUGGCGCAAGCAAGAGAAGGUGGGGCCCCACGCGCAUCCAUAUAGCGGUUACCUUGGAAGCGGGCAGCCGUUGCCCGCGCCAACCACGCUCCCACCGCCGCCGCACCCGCUCUCACAGCUUGGGUUUAGCUUGAGGAAGCCGUUUGAUAAUGCGCUGGUUUCCUUCAGGUACGCCAACACGCCUCUAUUUGGAGCGCAGUACCUCCCCCCGCUGUCCCGGCCGCCUCUCUUCGGAGCCCCUUUAUACGCUACAUCACCCGCUCACUUCCACUCUCUAUUCGCCAAUCUAACCGCACCUGAACCGCCAAGACUGUCCCCUGAACAACCUCAACUAUCCGAUUCUAGGACAUCAUCUAGAUCUCCUGAAAGAUCGUCACCUGCUCCUUCUAUUUCUCCCCCUAUUUCCCCUGGAAGUGAGUCGAUACCAGUUGACAUAACCAGUUCUAGUAUAAAUGCGCUGCGACUGGCAGCCAGGGAACACGAAAUACGAUUGGAGUUGUUGAGGCAAAGAGCUGAUUUAAUGUGUUAAGUUGUAAAAUUGUGUUAUCUGUGGCAGCUGUCAAAUGUCUGUGCUCUAUAGGCUACGACAUAAUGAAAAUUCUAAAUUUUGUAGAUGUGGCAUUUGUAGAACUAUAAUUGUUUAUAUCCAGCUCAUGUUAUCCUGUUUCGGUACUCUACAAUAAUAUAGAGUAUAAAACGUUCAGUUUAUUAUUCUUAAAUCUUGUUGAGGUACCAAUUUAUUUGCACUGACAUGAAAAGCAGCCGUUACAAUUAAGUUUUAAUUUAUAUUAUUUUAAUGUAGCUCAAUAGUAUAAAAAAUUACAAAGUUGGUUUAUUUCAAUCAGUUCCCAGUAUUCUUUGAUAAGUACCUAAUAAAAAUAU